CUGCAGCAAAGCUUGGAGGAGGCAGAGGUGCUGAAGAAGGAGGGGAAUGAGCUGUACUCUCGAGGGCAGUGCGACGAGGCUCUGGCAAAGUACGCAGCGGCACUAGACGCAGCGCCAGAGGGCGCCACACGGCAGCGGGCGGUGUACCAUGGCAACCGUGCAGCCUGCCACCUACAGCUGGAGCAGCAUGCAGAGGCAGCACAGGAGUGCACCGCUGCGCUGGAGCUGGACCCGCAAUACACCAAGGUACUGCUUCGCCGCAGCACCGCCUAUGAGAGUCUGGAUGACCUGGAGCGCGCGCUAGCAGAUGCGGAAAAGGUGCUGGAGCUGGAGCCCGCCAACAGCGUAGCAGGCAAGGUGGUCAAGCGGCUGACGCCGGUGGUGAUGGAGCGCCGGGAGAAGCUCAAGGAUGAGAUGAUGGGCAAGCUCAAGGAGCUGGGCAACAUGGUGCUGGGCAAGUUUGGGAUGUCGGUGGACAACUUCAAGGCAGAGCAGGACCCCACCACCGGCUCGUACAGCAUCAAGUUCCAGCAGUAG